GUCACCGGGAAACGUCUAGUUCCCUCUCACCUAAUCUGCCGUUGCGAUGGUUUGCUGCGAUCCGGCUGCAAGGAAUGCGUUUGAUUGGGGAAAGCAAUCGGGAAAUAUUUACUAGGGAUUGAUCGACGGCAUCCCUGGGGUCAUCUGAAGUGCUGGCACCUCGCGCGCUGAGAUCGUGGGGUACAUGGUCGAGGGACAUCUAAUUUUCGGCCGGACUGUUCCUGUAAUAGGGCUCGAUCGCUCUUUCCAGGAGAUGCUGGUCUCUGUCUAACCGAAGGAGCACGUCCGACAGAGCCGAAGGACGUCGGCUGAGGAGCCCGGCAGGAUGGAGACCGAUACCGUCAUUCCCAUCUGGCAGAAUAAGCCGCACGGAUCGACCCGCAGCGUCGUCAGGAGGAUCGGCUCCACCUUGCCCCUUAAGCCGUGCCCCCGCGCUUGUUUUCAGGUUCUUCCAGGGCUCCCCCCACUGCGCCACACGGAUGGCCCCAUGGUGCCCACGCUGGCCGACAUCGCUUGGAUUGCUGCAGACGAGGAGGAGACAUAUGCAAGAGUGCGGAGUGACACACGCCCCCUGAGGCACGAGUGGCGCCCCACCCCCCUGCUGGUGCUGCACAGGAAUUCCUCCGUGCCAAACUUCCGGCGCGAGGGAAAGAAGGUGGAGGGUCUGAAGAAGCCGGGUGUGACGGCACUGAACCGGACGACAGCCCUGCAGGACGAGCUGAGCCGCCUACGGGCACAGAUCGCCAAGAUCGUGGCAGCGGAAUCAGGCCCAGGUUCCAGUGAGUUUACCCCCGAGCUCCUGUCCCCGGACGACACCAGCAUGAGCUUUUCAAUGGCUGCCUUUGAGGCUGCCCCUUAUCAGCCACCUACUGCCUCGUUCGUCAUCAGUGACGUCACUGAGGAGGAAGAGGAGGAAGAGGAAGACGAAGAGGACGGGGAGGUGUCAGAGCUGGCACCCGACCCCCUCCCUCCUGUCUCCAUGACCGCCUCGGCCACUUUCGACUUGGACCGGCCAGCCAUGGACUUUCGGGAGCAAGAGGAGGACACGGUGUCGCUGUCCAAGUCCACCAGCUUCGCCGAUGUCAUGGACAUGCUCAAGGACAUGAACCGUGUGAAGCUGAGCAAAGAGAGGUACAUCCGUGGCUGCACCUCCCUGAGGGAGGAGGACUCUGCCUCCCUCAUCUCGGAGGUACUGCGGAAGAAGUUCACUUUGAAGGAUGAGGACCUGACCGGAAAGAAGUAGCUCCCCAGCUACAUGCCCCCCCAUCCCCCGGACUACACUCCUCCCCCAAGUUUGUUCCUGCGGACCACGUUCCAAUGGCGACUCCCCGAAGAGCCCCGCUGGUGCCCGCCAUGCUGGGGCUCUCCGCGCCAUCUUUAGACCAUUACCGCCUCCUACACCGUCAGCCUCUGAGUCUCUCUUGAGGCUGCGUUCCUCUCCAGUGUGGCUGGGCAUACAGCGACUGCAGACCACGACUCCCAGAAGAGCUGAGCACUGGGACAGACUUGACCAUGUUCUGAUUUGCCCUGCUGCACCCUAACCCCCCACCCGCCUUGGAUUAGCUUGUGUGUCUUUGGUUUCUGCAUUUACAAUACACGUGUCAAACGAGAACGAAAAUGGCCGCCAUGGAGGACAGUUCCAAGAUCAUUGUGUGCUAACGAUGAGCUGUAACUUCCCGAGUGUCGUCAGUGACUGGAUGCUUGUUCUCAUACCUUUCUCAACUUACUAUGAGAUGGGGGGUGAAGAUUUUUUUUCUUCUCCAUGUAUGUGAUUUUUCCUUAGAUGUUUGGGACUAUGAACAAAUGUGAACUGUGUGUGAGUGUCUGGGGACACGACGUCUGUUACAGGGAAGACGUGAGCUGGGCCUGGCGCCUCCUGGCCAGUGGUGACGGUGCUGCACAGGUGUACCUGUAUCGCCUAUACGUCUGCCUGCACUUUCUAUCUUCAUGGAUUACUCUUACUCUGAUGUUGAGAAAAGUGCCCCCCAGUGGUGUGUCUUGGUGCUCGAACAAGGGUAUGUGUGAGUAUGGUACAUAGUGACAUUUCUGUCCCCCCUAACUCCCAGCAACGCCUUACUUAACACUGCCUUUUCAUUUCUGUAGCUUUUAUCACUUGAUUUGCUGUGCGGUAAACAAGCAUCUCCAUGCUCACCGCUCCCUGUAGCCCGGAAUUCCUCCCUCAGCUCGGCUGACCUGGCAACCGCCGUGCCACUUGGCCCUGAGCUGCUUAUCGGCCAAUCACGGUUCGCCAUCUGGCCCCCCCCACUCUAGCCCCGCCUUUUCGUUUAGGACCAGUGCUGCUCCCUCAUGGGGCCAAUUAGUUCUGAGCUGGCCUAUAUGACAUAAGUUUGCCUAGUACUCUAGUUAUUGUAAUUAUUACUGUUAAUGCAUUGAGUGAGUAGUUAACCAUUGAAUUAAUUCUUAAGAAAUGUGUUUGCUUGUUUGACUGCUCCUUGGAUGGGCAAUGACUUGCUUUCCUGUCAGUUUCCUGUGACUCAUCAGUGUUCCUUUUGGGAGGGGGGGCAGUGCUUUCCUGUGGCACUGCAUCCCCAUGCUUCUGUCAGUAGUGCUGGGGGGGCCGGUUGUGUGUGUGUGUGUGUGUGUGCCUCCUGCUUGUCCUGCUUUGCCUUUGACCGUGAUGUUCUCUGGCCUGGGGAAUGUGGCAUGUUUUCAGGGGGGGGUUUCUUACCCCUCGCUGCUGGUUGGCUCCCCACUUUGCAAUGACGGGUAGGCCUGCUUGGUUUGUUACAAUGUAAAUCGGUCCCUUUAGAUCUUGCAUUUAAAUGGCAAUAAAAAAUGGUCCAAAUGUU